AUGCCCAGAUCCUCAGGUGCUAGCUCUGGUGGAGAUAGGUAUAGUCCUUUGCAAGAGAGAUACGACCCCAACUGUGUAUAUUGCCAGGGCACAGGAAUGUACCGUGUUGAGGUACCGGACUAUGUGCUCGAACACUGCGUGAACCUAGGGGCUCAUUGCACUGCAGCUGGCCACACCAGUUAUUGUAAUGGUGUAGCUAGACGUUUUGGGUCAACUCUGUGUCCAUGCUCAGCCUGUAAUGGGACACUGUUUGUUGGACGCUGGUAUAUCCGUGUUGAGGAGCGUGAGUGUGACUGUAAGGGAUUCUACUGA